CCCCGCUGCCGCGCCUGCGCGAGUCCUCCCGGGCGUCCUUGCAGGAGCUGCUGCCGUCGGGGCUUCGCGGAGAGCGAGGGAGGGGGCUGCCGUCCGUCCGUCCGUCGGGAAGCGCCGCCAUGCAGAGCUGGAGCCGGGUCUGCUGCGCCCUCGCCCAGAGAGGCCAUUUUAGCCGGAUCCAGCAUGGAUUACAAAGUAUUUCAGCAGGGCCUGUAAGAACUUACGCCGAUCAAGUCGAUGCUGAUGUGACCGUCAUCGGAUCUGGCCCCGGCGGCUAUGUUGCUGCCAUCAAAGCCGCUCAGCUUGGCUUUAAGACCGUCUGCGUGGAGAAAAAUGAAACACUGGGUGGGACCUGUUUGAAUGUUGGCUGCAUACCUUCUAAGGCCUUGUUAAACAAUUCACACCUGUACCAUUUGGCUCACGGGAAAGACUUCGCUAGCAGGGGAAUUGAAAUUACAGGUCUCCGGUUGAAUUUGGAGAAAAUGAUGGAGCAGAAGAGCAGCGCAGUGAAGGCUUUAACAGGAGGAAUCGCUCACCUGUUUAAACAAAAUAAGGUGACACACGUGUCCGGCUUUGGAAAAAUAACUGGCAAAAACCAGGUCACUGCAGCCAAAGACGACGGCAGUACUCAGGUUAUUAAUACGAAGAACAUCCUUAUAGCUACCGGUUCUGAAGUAACGCCUUUUCCAGGAAUUACGAUUGAUGAAGACACAGUCGUAUCGUCCACUGGCGCGCUUUCUUUGAAACAAGUCCCUGAAAAAAUGGUAGUCAUUGGCGCAGGAGUCAUUGGUGUAGAACUGGGUUCCGUUUGGCAGCGUCUGGGCGCCGAUGUGACAGCUGUGGAAUUCCUGGGCCACGUUGGUGGAUUGGGCAUCGACAUGGAGAUAUCCAAGAAUUUCCAGCGCAUUCUUCAGAAGCAAGGACUUAAAUUUAAAUUGAAUACUAAAGUCACCGGUGCCACUAGGAAACCAGAUGGAAAGAUUGACGUUUCAAUCGAAGCCGCAGCCGGUGGCAAAGCCGAAGCGAUCACCUGCGACGUCCUUCUGGUUUGUAUCGGUCGACGCCCCUUCACCGACAACCUUGGUCUGGACAGUGUGGGGGUUGAACUAGAUAACCGGGGCAGAGUCCCAAUCAACAACAGAUUCCAAACCAAAGUCCCCAACAUUUAUGCAAUUGGCGACGUAGUGGCCGGACCAAUGCUUGCUCACAAAGCCGAAGAUGAAGGGAUUUUGUGCGUCGAGGGCAUCGCUGGAGGCGCAGUGCACAUUGACUACAACUGUGUGCCCUCAGUCAUUUACACACACCCCGAGGUGGCCUGGGUUGGCAAAUCAGAAGAGCAGCUGAAAGAAGAGGGAACAGAAUACAAGGUUGGUAAGUUCCCUUUUGCGGCUAACAGCAGAGCCAAGACCAACGCAGACACGGACGGUUUGGUGAAGAUUUUAAGUCACAAAACGACAGACAGGCUGCUGGGAGCGCAUAUCUUGGGCGCUGGUGCUGGUGAAAUGGUUAACGAAGCUGCUCUGGCAAUGGAGUAUGGCGCAUCCUGCGAGGACGUUGCCAGAGUUUGCCACGCCCAUCCAACCGUAUCUGAAGCUUUCAGAGAAGCAAACCUGGCGGCGUCAUUUGGGAAGGCGAUCAACUUCUAACACGAAAGGGCGUCCAUUGCGCGAAAAGCACAUUUUCCUGUGAAACGACUGAAGACUUGGUAGAAAAAAACCCGGGUCUUUGCAAUACUCCUGGGCCUUAAUUAAGUGAACUUUUAUCUGUCCUCCUCCCCCCCCCCCAAAAAAAACCUUAAGAUAUU